UAAUCCUAAUGUCGACGAUGGAGAGUGCGAUAGAAGAUUUAAAGGACGACAAUGUUCCGCCCUGUUUAUACUGGUCUGUGGAGAAAGUGGCAGAGUGGAUCGAGAAAAUAGGAUUCCCUAAUUACACAUCUUGCAUCACCACAAAUCUUAUUGAUGGGAGGAAACUAAUAACCCUAGAGGCCUCACAACUACCCAAUAUUGGAAUCACAGACUUUCAACAUAUUAAGACCAUUACUAAAGCUGUCCGAGAACUUCUAUUUAUAGAAGAUCCAGACUGGAAAAGAAGCAUAUCCCUUCCUCCCCGUGAAGACCUAGGAAUGUAUCUUGAGAGAAAAAGUCAUAAUGGAAAAAACCUUGAUGGGCUGACAUACAAGUCAUUUUUACUGAAUUUAAAAGACUCAAAAUGGCAACCACCACUGGCCAAUCACUGUUUAAUUCUCCCUCGCUCAUAACACUUCAUGUGAAGAUUCCACGACAAGAACGGAAUGUAUCUGAGGUGUACUCAGCUCUGUAGUUCUACUGAUGUGAUCAAAAAUAUCUACUGCUGAUAAACAUGUAUAUACAAGUAUUAAGGUGCUUCUAAAACAGCAUUCUUAGAGUGUGUCCAAAAAUUUCUACACAUUUGAAACUGCAUGUAUUUGCACUUGUUUACAAGAAAUAAUAUGCAAAAAAAAAAACAUUACAGCAUGAAAAUAUUUGUCUUCACUUUUUUGGUGGAUCUUACUCUUUUACAACAUUUAUCUUGUCGUAUCCGAAAGUUAGGUAACUAUAUUUCUUAAUGUGAUAAUAAGAUUAAACUUAAAUCUGCCUAUCAUU